AUGUCAUCGACCUAUGUCCUGCUGCAGUAUGGCACCGAUGCUUUCAACGCGCGGUUUGUCGAUCUCGAAGGACGGCCUGCGUUCAGUGUUGGCCCGGUCCCCCACAGCCCGAAUCUCGUCGUUAAACUCGGUCGGGAGGCAGAAUGGACACAGCACCACCCCGGGACGAUGGGCCCGACGCGCUACUUCUACUUUGGGCCCUAUGUCGCAGUGCAGAGCUCAGUCUACGGUGCAGGGACACCGACUCCUUCAACCGGAUACCUUUGUCUACGGCAACAACCGGAACUCGAUACCCAUGACCUAUCUGAGGAGGCAGAAGACCGAAGGAAGCCCGUAAGCAUCGCCGCUUCUCCCGCCUCCCGCGGCGCAUCACGGACGCGGCCCGGGGCUGAUUACCUCCAGAUCACGAUAUUUUAUUUCGCAGAGCGGAAAGGAAUACAAGUGGAGGGUGUCCCAGACGAGGAUGGAGGUGCGUGUUGUCUCCGGACGAGCUCUUUUUCCCCGCGCUCCACACCCAUGCCCUCACUAUCUGCGUCCGCUGACGCCCUGACGUACGUCCGGCUGCCCAGUGACAAAUCCGUCGGGCCAUCGCGUUGGCCGGGGCUUCUAUUGCAUCCUUGCUUUCUUUCUUUCGUUCUCGCACCACCGGUCGCAUGGAAGCCGCUGACUACGCACACACAGCUGACAGACGGCCGCACGGUCUUUGCGGUCUGGGAGACGGCUGCAGCCACAGACGACUUUGACGGCCGGCUGACCCUGAAGCACGCCGGGUUGGCGUUCGUCACGGAAAUCAUGGCCACGCUCACCAUAAACCGCAUGAGCGGGGCCCUGGGCUGGUGA